UUCGGGCGUCCAUUUGGGAGUCCCUCUGAUCGGCCCGUCAUGACGGAGAUGGACGGAGUGAUCCGGGAGCACGAGGUCUACUUUGCCACAUUGGCAGAGCAGGCUGAGCGCUAUGACGAGAUGGCGGAGCACAUGAAGUCAGCUGCGCUCUUCGAGCAGGAACUAGAUGCCGAGGAGCGGAACCUCCUGGCAGUUGCUUUCAAGCAAGCAGUCGGUCAGCGCAGAUGUGCUUGGCGCAUUGUUUGCGCAGCCGAGCAAGAGGAGCAGGCGAAGGGCAACCACAUGACCACUGCCAGUGCGCGUGGCUACCGAAAGAAGAUCGAAGCAGAGCUCACGAGCCUUUGUCAGACGAUCCUGGCGCUGCUAACAGACAAACUGAUCCCUGGCGCGACCACCGCAGAGGCCAAGGUGUCUUACUACAAGGCACAAGGCGACUACUACAGGUACAUGGCAGAAAUCAGCGACGACAUGGAUCGGACGCGAUCCACAACGGCGGCGAAGGCAGCAUACGAGGAUGGCACCAAAGUGGCCGAGACCUCGUUGAAGGUGACCAGCCCAUUCCGCCUCGGACUGGCUUUGAACCACGCCGUGUUCUAUUACGAGGCUCGGGAGCACCUUGGAGCGGCACCUUGGAGCGGCACAGCGCACGGCAUGGAUCCAAUUGGUCCCAAGACACGCCGUUUGGCUCGAGAUGCUCUCAUGGCAGGCAGGGGCAAGCCGGUCAGCCGGUCUGUGUAGCAGUUCAACUGGAUUGGGCUUUGCUGAGCUUAAUUUGCACGUAAAGCAGGUGGCAACAGAUUUGGUGGCCAAGCAUCGCCGUUGCAGUACACAUAGCAGACUGCAGUGCAGGAUCCUAUUUUCUGGACCAAAUUCGCAGAUUCGGGCUGGAAAUGCCCUUUGUGUCGAACCAGGAGCUUUCAAGUCGACUCUGUGCGCGUCUUCGUGAAAUUGGAUGCAGUGAGCCAGGAUGGCCUGGUGCAGUGGAUUCGGAAGGUGUCCAGCGUGGCAGUGACGGCAAUCUUUGCGGUGCGGCGCAAAGUGCGCGAUACACCAAGCAACCUGGCCACACCGAGCAUAUGACACAAAGGUAGCAUAAGGUAGCAUAAGCUAGCCAGAUAGACACGUUGACAGGGUCACAAGUCAAUGCAGCCGACUUAGCACUGCUUUUCGAG